CACACAGAAACAAACUAAACAAAUUCCAACAAAAAGAAAAUUAGUUAAUCAUUAGUCUGUUGCAUUUCGUAAAUCAAUUUGUUUUUUGUUUUUUUGAUUCUGGAAUUUCGUAUGAAAAAUUAACAAAAUGACAUCGAAUGAACAUUUUACCAGCAGUGGAUCAUCAUCAUCAUCAUCACGAAAUAGAUCAUCAUCAACACAACAGCAACAACAACAGAAUAGUUCAAAUAAUUCUGGAACAAAAUCAUUAAAAUUUAUUCAAAAUUCUCAUCAUACACAUCAUCAACAACAACAACAGAAACCUAAAUCAUCAUCACCACCACCAAAAUGUUUUGGAUGUCAUAAACCAAUAUUGGAAAGAUAUUUUCUUAAAGCAUUAGAUCAAAUAUGGCAUGAAGAUUGUUUAAAAUGUUCUUGUUGUAAUUGUCGUCUUGGUGAAAUUGGUUCAACAUUAUUUACAAAAGCUGAUCUUAUUCUUUGUAAACGAGAUUAUCUUAGAAUGUUUGGCGCUACUGGAUUCUGUUCAUUAUGUAAUAAACAAAUUCCUGCAUUCGAAAUGGUUAUGCGUGCAAGAGGUAAUGUUUAUCAUCUGGAAUGUUUCAAAUGUGAAGCCUGUAAUCAUAGAUUUUGUGUUGGUGAUCGAUUCUAUUUGCAUGAUAAUAAAAUAUUAUGUGAAUAUGAUUAUGAAGAACAGAUGGCAUUAAAUCAAAUUCAUCAACAACAGCAACAGCAGCAACAGCAACAACAUCCAUAUUAUCAUAACUUAACAAAUGUACAAGCAGCAGCAGCAACUGAAUUACAUUCACCAAUGCAACUUCCGGUAAUUUUAUCAAAAUCUCCAACCCAUCCGCAUCCGCAUCAACAUCAACAUCAUCAUCAUAAUCGUCAACAACAACAACAACAGCAACCAUCAUUUCAACAUGAAUCAUCAUUAAUGCACCCAAUUGAUUCGUCGGAUUGUAAAAUGAAAAUUAAAAAUUAUUUAACAUCACCACCACCACCACCAUCAUCAUCAUCUCAGCCACAACAAUCAUCAUCUGCAGCAGCAUCAACGGUUGGAACAUCAACAGCAAUAAUAACUAAUGGACCAAAUGGAUACUAAAAUUUUUGGGAAAUUUAUUAUCAUCGUUUUUUUCUGUUAUUUUAGUUGUUUUUUGUUGUUGUCUAUUAUCAUCAUCAUUAUCAUUGAAAUCAUUUAUGUCAUCUACCAUCAUACACACACUUACAUGCAAUAUACAUCAAAAUGGGAAAAAAAAUUCAACCCUUUACCAAACAUUUUCAUUUUUUUCGGACCAAAUUGUUUCAUUUCGAUUUUCUGAUUUUCAAUCAUAC